UUUGCUACAAAAUAAGUCCUAGGGUUGUUGAGCUUCUGACCAACUUCUGUAUUUCGUCCAUGUUUGUUUGACUCAGACCAUCACACUGCAUCACUAUGCCUUGAAUGUGUCUAAAAGUGCACAUUUGGAUCCUCUGAUUUUGGAUUGUGUUUGUUUUUCCUUUGCAACUGUGUGGAAUAACUGAAACCAUGGAGGUGUGUCUGGGGAGAUAUUUGCGAGAAAUUCUGGUUCUUCUGCAUCUGACAGUUUGCGUGGCAGGGACAGGGAGAUGCAGUCUGUUCGGACGACAAUACUUUCACACUUUUGAUGGGGUUUUAUAUGAGUUUCCUGGAGACUGCAGCUACCUGCUGGCAGGAGACUGCAGUCAUCACUCCUUCACACUGCUGGGUGAUUUUGUCAAUGGCAAAAGAACUGGAGUCACUCUGUUUCUGGGCGAUGCCUUUGAGCUGCGCCUGUCUACAGAGGGACGGCUCUCACAAGGAGAAAAAAUACUCUCUGUGCCAUUUGCAUCUCAUGCUGUUUUCGUGGGCUCAGAGCUCGGCUUCUAUAAGCUCUGGAGUGAGGAGUUUGGCUUCGCUGUUACCAUCGAUAAUGCAGCCAACAUCGCCUUGACGAUGACCAAACACCAUGCCAACCGCACAUGUGGCCUCUGUGGCAACUUCAACUCUGUAACAGCUGAUGAAUAUACCGCUCAAGAGGGAUUCCUAACAAAGAACAGCUAUGAUUUUGCAAAUUCGUGGGAAGUGAAGGGAGCGGAUCAGUCAUGUCGACGUGUCUCAAUUCCCAGCCAGUCCUGUGACGGCUCAGAAAAGAGUUCAGCGAUUUUGUCGAGCUGCAGCGUGUUGCAGACGUCGAGUGUGUUUCUGCAGUGUGCCCACCUGGUCUCUCCCGAGGCGUUCCUGUCGCUGUGUCAGGAGGAGGCGUGCCACUGUGACCAGAGGGAGGGAGAGGACUGUUACUGUCCAAUCCUGUUAGAGUAUGCUCGCACAUGCCUCGCCCACGGGACACUCCUUCGUGGCUGGCAGGAGGAGAGCCAGUGCUUUCCCAAGUGUCCAAUUGGGAUGCAGUAUAGUGAAUGCACCAAGUCCUGCUCUACAACCUGCCACAGUCUCAACAUCCAGGAGGUCUGCAAGGAAGAGUGUGUGGAUGGCUGUACAUGUCCUGUGGGUAAGGUGUUGGAUGGCAACCGCUGUGUGGAGGUAUCUCAGUGUUCCUGUGUGCACAUGGGACAACAUUUCCCUCCAGGAUCCACCAUCUCUCAGGACUGCAACACCUGUGUUUGCCGUCACGGAUCCUGGGAAUGCACCAAUGAAGGCUGCCCUGGUGAGUGCUUGGUGGUUGGCCAGUCUCACUUCAAGACCUUUGACAACAAGUUCUUCACAUUCCCUGGUCACUGUCAGUAUCUGCUGGCAAGAGACUGCACAGAUAAUGAGUUUUCUGUCAUUAUUGAGAAUGUACAGUGUGGAGAUGAUCAGGAUGCUGUGUGCACACGCUCAGUGACGCUCAGCCUGUCGUCUCUGGAGGACAUGACAGUGAAGCUGAAGCAUGGAGGGGUUGUCUCAGUCAACAGCAUGGACAUCCAGACCCCAAUGCUUCAUGGUCGUCUGCACAUCCAGAGAUCUGUGCAGUCUUCUCUGUCUGUGAAGUUUGGAAAUGACUUUCGUCUGGACUGGGAUGGGCGAGGCCGUGUGCUUUUAAAGCUGGGACCACGAUGGGCAGGGCAGACCUGCGGUCUCUGUGGUAACUUUAAUGGUAACCAAGGUGACGACUUCUUGUCUGGAUCUGGUCUGGUUGAGGCAGGAUCUCAGGCAUUCGGCCAAUCGUGGAGGAUCAACGGAGACUGUGAAUCAACCCACAGACAUGAGAGCGAUCCGUGUGCCAUUAACCCCAAAAGAGUGCGUUUUGCAGAAGAGGCCUGUUCAGUGAUGAUGUCAGACGUGUUCAGUGCGUGCCACUAUCUGGUGAACCCGAAUCCGUUUCAGCGGUUUUGCCGUUAUGAUGUGUGUGUGUGUGUGGAUGGAGAGCAGUGCCUGUGCAGUGCUCUGUCUGCCUACGCAGCUGCCUGCACUGCCAGAGGAGUGCUGCUCAACUGGAGGUCUCCCUCACUCUGUGAACUUGAGUGCACUGGAGGCCAGGUGUAUGAGGCCUGCGGCAGUGUGUGCGACCGGACGUGCCGCGCUCUGUCUGGCGCUGAGGCAGGAUGUCAGGAGCAGAGAGUGUGUGAGGAGGGCUGUUUUUGCCCUGCUGGAAAGUAUCUGAGUGACUCCGGAGAGUGUGUGACAGCCGACCUCUGCACCUGCCUGCAUGAUGGACAGCUUUACCAGCCGAGUGAUGUCUAUGCGGAUCACAACAGCAUCUGCUACUGUGAGAAUGGCUCCAUGCACUGUAGCUCCCCUGAGACGAGUACUUUACUGUCAGACCUCUUCUAUGAUGAUGAUGAUGACCUGGCACCAUCCAGAGACCGCCGGUCGGCACAGUGCCCACCUCCACUCAUCCAUACAAAGUGUGAUGGAGUAGAAAAAGGGCUUGAGUGUGCCAGAACCUGCCAGAAUCUGGAUCUGCCCUGUGUCAGCCUCGCCUGCAUCCCUGGCUGCCUCUGUCCACCCGGCACAGUACGUCACCGCAGAGACUGCAUUGCACCCGAAAAUUGUCCCUGUUACCAUAACAACAGGCCAUAUAGAUCAGGACAGACCAUCUCUGUGGACUGCAACACCUGUGUGUGUGAGAACAGGAAGUGGCGCUGCACGGAGACGACAUGUGACGGUGUGUGCCGCACUGUGGGGGAGGGGCAUUACAUCACUUUCGAUGGCCUCAAAUACUCAUUCCCUGGCCUCUGCCAAUAUGUCCUGGUCCAGGAUAUGUGUAGUGGAGAAGAGGGUUCAUUCAGAGUGCUGGUGGAGAAUGAGGCCUGUGGAAUUGUGGGACAUCACUGUGCAAAAUCUAUCACAGUCUUCUUCCAGGGAGGGUUGAUUGUAAUGCAACAUGGAGAGGUGAAGAUGAAGAGGCCGGUGCUCCAGAGUUCACAGGUGGAGAUUGUGAAAUCUGGUCAGUUUUAUACCGUCCUGUUGGGGAAACACAUUUCCCUCAGCUGGGAUAAAGGAACUCACCUCCUGGUUCACAUCUCUGCCACAUACAGGGGCCGGGUGUGCGGUCUGUGUGGUAACUUUGAUGGGAACAUCAACAACGACUUGGUGAGCAGUAACAACCAGCUCGAGGUGGACUCCUCCCACUUUGGGAACUCCUGGAAGGUUAUUCCCAGCUGUGCAGACGUAACACAGAUACCCGCCCCUUGCAGCGACAACAUUGUCAAGCUGGUAACAGUGGAGCAGUCGUGUCGUGUGAUCACUGGUCCUCUCUUUAGAGAAUGCAACAGCCAGGUGGAUGCAGAGCCAUAUGUAGAUAUGUGUGUGGAGGCAGCAUGCUCUUGUCCAUCAGUGGGCGACUGUGCGUGUUUCUGUGAUGUUGUCGCGGCCUAUGCUCAGGCCUGUUCAGAGAGGGGAGUAUCCAUCCGCUGGAGAUCCAACAAGCUUUGCCCCAUAAGCUGUGAAGAACUGAACCCGAGGAGCCCAGGUGGAGGGGAGGACUUAUGCCAGUGGAGAUAUAACACUUGUGGCCCUGCCUGUCCGAUAACCUGCCAGCACCCAGAGCCACUCCAUUGUUCGCUCGCAUGUGUGGAAGGUUGCCAUGCCUACUGCCCCCCAGGGCAACUGCUGGAUGAGGUGGCUAUGCGUUGUGUAGAUCCCUCUCAGUGUCAGGUGUGUAUCCAUGAGGGCCAGAGAAUUUCCCACAGCACUAAUGUCAUCCUGAACCACGAUGACCUGGAGAACUGCAAGAUAUGUCACUGUGACAACAACACACUGAGCUGUGAGGUGUGCGCCUCUUCCGCCAUGUUCAGCACUCCCACACCAACACCUGUCUAUGCCACCUUCACAAACCUGCCCUUCAGCACCGUGAUGCCCGAGGGCACGUGUGACCGCGCUAUGGAUCUGGCAUUCCUGCUAGAUGGUUCAGAAGCCCUGAGUGAAGAUGAAUUUCAGGCAACAAAAGAGUUCAUACUGGGAGUGGUGGAGCGAUUCCGGAUGGGCUCAGCUCACACUCGAGCCACAGUGCUGCUCUACCACUCUGGAGUUAAAACAUAUGACCUGCAGGUUCAGAAGUGGCUGUUUAAGAAGACAGUGCAUGAGAUACAUUACACGGGAGGAGAUUCCGCCUUCUUGGAUGAGGCUGUCAAGUACCUGGUGAUCAACAUCUACGACAAGAACAAGCGUGCCCAUGCUGGCCGUGUUGCCAUCAUCUUAACUGCUAGUGCCAACCCUCGCCCCGUCCGUGGCAUGGUCAAGAUGCUCCGCCGGAAAGUCAUCACCACCCUGACAAUGGCACUGGGUCCCGGGGUAAACAUGGAACAGAUUAAUGAAAUCACCAAGGUCAACCCAGAAAACAGGGCCUACGUGCUAAGCAGCACAGGUGAGCUGCCUGAACGUCUCUUGGAGCUGACCGAUUACCUCUGCACCUUGGGGAUGGAGCCUGAGGUCGCAAAACCUCCAAUGCCAAAGUCCACUCCGGGUAAAGCUCGGCAGGGCACGACCACCACAACCCCGACUCCUCGUCUGGAGCCUAACCCCACACAAUACCUUCCCAACACUCCUCCACCCACCUCCCCCUCUGGCCUGUCGCCCAUCGCCACAUUGCCGUCUUCUAUCUCUCCUGUCAAAGAUGUGACGUUCAUCCUGGAAGGCUCCGAUGCAGUGGGUGAGGUCAACUUUAAUAAGUCGCUUCUCUUCCUGGAGGAAGUUAUCUCGCAGCUGACGGAGAAGGAGGAGUUCAUUCGAAUCACUGUGAUCCAGUUCUCUGUAACGGUCACUGUGGAGAUCCGCCGGUGGGAGUUGAGGCAGAAGAGGACUCUGCUGCGGCAGCGACUGAGCGAGAUCCGUUGGAGGGGUGGAAGUAAGACAAACACAGGAGCCGCUAUCACUAGGACUUUUCAAGAAAUGGCGAUGAUCCAGACUUCACGUGGCCCAAUCCCUCCUCAGCUGGUCUUCCUUGUGACAGAAAAUCCGCCGACUGACAUAGUGACACGCCCACCAUCGACUAACACCCACACACAAGUGUACCCCAUUGGCGUCGGGAAAAGAAUCCGUGCGAUUGAUUUGCUUUCACUAAGCUCACCUCAACAGCCACUGCUUGUUGAUGACUACAACAGUCUGUCAACCCUGGUACACCGUGUCGUCAACAUCACGCACAGCCCAGUCAGGCCCCGCUUCCCUACGCUGCCACCCCUGGUCGUCCCAACACUCUCCAGACUGCCACCCUCCGUGUCGUGUGAGAAGCCUCUGGAUGUGUUGUUCCUGUUGAAGGCUGGAGGGCAGUUUGAGGACAUGAAGACAUUUGUGAAAGCUUUCAUCAAUAAGGCUGACAUAGGGCCGAAUGCCACUCAGGUGAGUGUGGUUCAGUAUGGAGACACCAACACAGCAGAGCUCACCUGGAAGAACCAACAGAGCAAAACCCAACUCAUGAACCUGGUGGGACGCAUCCCAAGCAGGACCGCCGCAGCCCCAGCGCUAGGCUCUGCAUUGCGAUUCGCUGUGCAGACGGCCAUCUCGCCAGCCAGUGGUGGAAGAGUCGGUGUAGCCAGGGCUGUGGUGAUGCUGGUGACUGGAAAAUCAGCUGAUGAUGUCAAAGAAGCAGCUAACGAGGCACUGGCGGCAGGUGUGUCAGUGUUCCCCAUUGGGGUGGGGCCAGGCUAUGACAGGGGUGAGAUUGGUGUACUUGGUCACCAUGGCAACCAAGACAACGCUCUGCACCUGAACAGCAUGGAUCAAUUACUGAUGUUGCUGACUCUAGACAACAGUUACACAGAGAGAAUCUGCAGAGCUGGUCCACCAGGUAUGUGUGUUGAUGACAAUGGAAAUGAGAGAAAGCCUGGUGAGUCGUGGAUGCAGGAGGACGGCUGCCACUCUCUCCUGUGCCACCCCAGUGGGGCAGUGACAGUACAAAACCACAAAGUCAGCUGUGACAGACUGGAGCCGCCGGCUUGCAGAAACAACAUGCCACCUGUCAGAGUCCAGGAGACCUGUGGCUGCCACUGGGAAUGCCCUUGCAUGUGUAUAGGCAGCUCCACCAAUCACGUAGUGAGGUUUGAUGGCUUGGCACUUCGGCUGGAUGGGGAGGGUUUGUGCUCCUAUACACUUCUUACUGUCAGCAGAGGCAUCAGUGAAGGGUCAGAGGUCAAAGUCCACAGUGGGCCUUGUCGGGACUCAUCGAAUUACAACCAGGUCUGCAUGAAAGCCAUGGAGGUGAACCAUGGACGGCAUAAACUUCUGCUGAAGGAUGAUAUGACGGCAGUGAUUGAUGGGGAGGAACUUACUCUGCCGUGGCAGUUUUCUGGCCUAGAACUGGUGUGUUAUGGAGGAGUGAUGCUGCAUCUCAAGUCGGACCACGGCUACGUCCUGACUUUCACUCCCCAGAGCAACGAGUUUACCAUCACACUGCUCAGCUCCUCCACCACAGGAGACACCACUGGACUCUGCGGUGCCUGUGGGGAGGAGAACGUCCUAUCUUUACGUAAUGGCAGCUCGACCGCUGACCAGCCAGGCUUCGUCUCAGACUGGACCGUCGCUGUAGAUGAUGGUUCGUGUGUGUCAAAGCGGAGGGCGCUGUGUGUGUCUGGAGCAGCGAUGGGAUGUCAGGCCCUACGUUCUGAGGUGUUUGAGCCGUGCCAUUCGCAUAUUCCCGUCCAGGUGUUCCUCGCAAAGUGUGAAGAGCAGGUAUGCGAGGAGUCAGACGUAUGCGAGCUGAUUUCUGCCUACGCUCGCCUCUGUAGACAGAGAGGUGUGUGUGUGGACUGGAGGAGGCCCCACCUUUGCUCAUUACAAUGCCCCAGCUCCAUGCUAUAUGAUGCAUGUCGGACAGGGUGUGUGGAGGACUGUGGUAGCAUACAGGCGUUGCCAGGCGACUGGUCGGUUGCCAGGGGUAACGAGUCAUCCUGUAUGGACACACCUACUGAGGGCUGUUUCUGUACGAGAGAGACAGUUUUGCAUCACGGACAUUGUGUAUCACCAGAAGCAUGCAGGCAGUGUGUCGACCAUCAUGGACGCACGUAUACGUACAUGCAGAGUUGGGUACCAGAUGAGAACCCGUGUUUGAUUUGCAUGUGUCUGGACCAACAACACAUCAACUGCACCGCCCGGCCCUGCAAUGAUGUCAAAGCUCCGGUAUGUGGACCCUGUGAGAUCCUGAGAGAGAAGAGAGAUUCUAAGUGUUGCCCAGAGUACGAGUGUGUGUGUGAUCUGGUGACUUGUGACCUGCCUGAAGUGCCCCGCUGUGAGGAUGGGCAAGCUGUGGUUCUGAAAAACCCUGGGGAAUGUCACCCGAUACACGAGUGCGUCUGCAAAAAAGGAGAGUGUGCUCUUCAAGCUCCCCCCGCUUGUGCCGCACACCGCCAACUGUCAGUGAAAAACACAAAGUGCUGCGACGUGUUUGAAUGCGUGUGCAACUGCCAGAACUCCACCCACACCUGCCCUGUUGGGUUCAUCACAUCCUCCUCCACCGAUGACUGCGGCUGCACGAAAACCACCUGCCUGCCAGACCAGGUGUGUGUGGUUGGUGGUGUGGUUCAUCCAGUGGGGAGUGAAUGGGAGGAAGCGUGCCAGAAGUGCAGCUGCACCCAGCUGCAGGACAAAGACACAUCGCUGCACAUCGCUCAGUGUAUGCCGCCUGUCUGUGAUCGAACCUGCCCUCAGGGCUCCACUUACACUCCAUCAAAAGGAGAUUGCUGUGGGAAGUGCACAACGACCAGCUGUGUGGAGUUAAAGGGAGAGAUGCGAGGGGACACACAGUUUCAGCAAUACCUCAGACGCGUGGGAGAGGUAUGGCAGUCUCCUCAUGAUAGAUGCGUGUUACAACAGUGUGUGAAAGUGAAAGAUGAGGUGUUCAUCUCUGCAACAAACGUCAGCUGCUCUGUUAUGGACACCCCGUCCUGCCCACUGGGAACAGAGUUACGCUGCAACACCCAGGACUGCUGCCCCAGCUGCCACUGCGUGCCUAUGGAUGUCUGUGUCCUCAACAACACCGUGAUAGGAGCAGGCGAGAGGCUGAUGGUGGACGUGUGCACACACUGCGAAUGUACUGUGGAAGAUGGUGCUGUGAGGAAAUACAGACUGUCCUGCAAGAGAAUCAGCUGUGCCAAUUGCCCUAUGGGAUACAGUCUGCAGAAGGAGGAAGACGCUUGCUGUGGCCGAUGUGUUCCCACUGCCUGCUUCAUGCGAAGGCCAGAUGGGAAACAGAUCAGUCUGCAGGUGAACACCACUAGCGAGGACGGUUGCAACCUGUAUAGCUGUGGUGUGAACGGUAAAGGGGAUCUUGUCCUUCAAACCAGAGUGACCACCUGCCCUCCCUUUGACCGUCAAACUUGCCUGGACCAGGGGGGGGAAGUUAGCCGGAUCGGAACAACCUGCUGUGAGAUGUGUAUGGAGCCAGAGUGUCGGAGGACAGUAGGAACGCUUAACUACAUCAAAGUGGAUGAUUGCCAAUCAGAGCACCAGAUAGAAUUGCACUAUUGUGAGGGCAAAUGUCGCAGUAAGUCCAUGUUCUCCCUGGAGAGAGCUGCUGUGGAGCAGGAGUGUGUGUGCUGUGCUGCCGUGGAGACGGAGCCUCUCCGUGUUCCCAUCCUGUGUGCCAACGGCACUCGUAGUCAACAGACUGUCCUGUCUGUCACCGCAUGUGACUGUCGGUCCAAGCACUGCACCUAAAGGGGAAGAGAGAGAGAGAGAGGUUAUACAUUCAGAGGGAAUGUGUGUAUCCGUAAAAAAUGUACCCAUACAAAAUGAAUACUCAAUUAACAUUAAAACAAACCUGACAGUUUUUUCAAAGCACUA